AUGAACAACGACUCAUCAACGGAGUCGAAGGUUGAAGUCGCGCAAGAAUGGUCGCACCAUAAUGGCAAUACCAUUGCCCCUCUCGAGAAAACCCUCAAUCAUAAUCCUCCUGCAGGACUUCAGACGCCCCCGAUGUUCUUGCAUAAAAAAACAAAGCGAAAAGACGAUGGACCGCUCGAGAUAUUCUGUGGGUGGAUUGUUGAGCAUCAAAUUGGACUAUCUGUCAAUCUUUUAAUGCUUCUCUCUUUAACACAUAUGUGCUUCCCUCGAGCCCGAAGGCAUACCCGCAAAUUCUUCGAUCUCUCCUACUACAACCCCCAAUCUGGCGAAUACUGUGCAGGAUGGAAUGAUGCUUGGAUGGUGUUCUUUUGGAUUGUUGUGUUUACGGGACUUCGCGCCGCCGUUAUGGAUUAUAUCUUAACCCCAAUUGCAAAGCGUGGCGGGGUGGCUACCGAGAAGGAUAGAACAAGAUUUGCUGAGCAGGCUUGGCUAUUGAUAUUCUACUGUGUUAUGUGGCCGAUAGGAAUGUACAUCCUAGUCACGUCUGACUAUUGGCUCAAUUUGAAAAACCUGUGGACGAAUUGGCCCAACAGGGAGAUGGGUAGACUUUCAAAAUGGUACAUUCUCGUGCAGUAUGCCUUUUGGUUACAGCAGUUUAUGGUCAUUUUUAUCGAAAAGAGGCGCAAAGAUCAUUGGCAAAUGUUCACCCAUCACAUGGUUACCACGGCUUUGAUUUUCACCAGUUAUGGCUAUCACCAAACCAAAGUUGCGAAUCUGAUUCUUUGCAUGAUGGAUGUAGUCGACCUUUUUCUCCCAUUAGCCAAGUGCCUGAAAUAUCUGGGGUACACCACGGUUUGCGACGUUGUCUUUGGACUGUUUAUGGCAACAUGGGUAGGAGCUCGUCACAUUGCUUAUCUCACCAUUUGCUAUUCAGUCUGGGCAGACAUUCCAGCUACGGUUGAUUACGGAUGCUACAAAGGCAAGAAAGGAUCGAUUGUCGGACCCUUUCCCGCUCCAGAUAGAUUUGGACAUCUUUUGCAGCCUUUCCGCGACCCUGAAGGAGUAGUCUGCUUCAACCAUGAUAUCAAGUGGGGUUUCCUCAGCGCUUUAUUGUUCUUACAAGGAAUCACGAUCAUGUGGUUUUCCAUGAUUUGUCGGGUGGCGUAUAAAGUGCUUCAGGGUGCUCCCGCCGACGACGUACGAAGUGACGACGAUGAUGAUGAAUUAGAAGAAGACACAGAGGUGGACCCGAAAGAUCCAUCUCCAUAUCAACGAGUUGUUGGAGAAAUUGAGCAACCUUACGAGGAAGAGGUCGGAGUUGAAUCGAUCAAUCUCAAAGGCAGAGCGUCAAACACUCCAAGAUACAAGAAGAGCACAAGCGCUACAGGAGUCAGUUUACCAGGUCAUAGUGAUCGGAAAGAGUUACUUGGGAGAAUCGGAUGUGAUCAUAAGGGUGACUGA